ACUUAUCAGUCUAUCAGCAGCUGUGCACAACUGCAUAGGCGUUGCUUAUUGUUCAGUUCCUAUCUCCGUAAAAUUCGUCGUAAUAGUUCGAGUAUUUAAUAUAUAGUUCCGGAUUCAUGGCUACCAUAUUGAAUCAUGGCACAAUUUUUCAUCCGAACGCUAGCAACGUUGCUCAUUGUGGGAUCCUUAUUACCGUUGCACAGUUGCCGAUACAACCGUAAAUAUCUGGCCUUGGGAAGCCGUCUGAUCGAGUAUGCCACCAAAGCCAACUUCAGCGAGGCCAAUUUGCCAAGGGAACCCCAUUUGGAAUUUCGUAUGUGUCAGUUUCCAUUCUUUGGACCGGAUAUGUUCCGAGCGUUGGAUACAUCUACGAAGCGGGUCACUAUCCGCAAAGGAAAGGUGCGGAACGUUCUCAUAAAUCACGAUGCCACAGUGGAAGAACUUCAGGUUAUUGACUCGGGUUUAGUCACGUUGGAGGCUGAGAUAGACCAACCGAACUACGUUCUUAAGAAGGUGACCAUCCGGUCGAAGGAAUAUCGAAAUUGGUCAGCAAGCUUACGGUUUCUAGAAAUGCUGGAAGAAAUUGAUAUAGCGUAUUGCAGCGUUUCCUAUUUGCACAUGCAAUGGUUCGAGAAGUACGAUAAGCUAAAAGCUCUGGAUGUUUCGCAUAAUAAAUUGAGUAGACUGGAUGUCGGUUUUUCUAAACUGCUUCCAUUGGAAAGGAUGCAUCUUUGGGGUAAUCGAUUGGAGCAGUUAUAUCGAUUUCCGGAAGCUUUCCCGGCUUUGAAAAUGGUAACGUUGGCUCAAAACAGGUGGCGUUGCCAGUGGGUGUCGGUCGUUCGGGGAGCCAUGUUGGCGCGUGGAGUGGAACUGUUGGAUAUGGACAGUGUUUGUCUGGCUGGCUGGGAAAACAAUGGAGGAUUGUGUUGCAGACGUGGGAAUUUUGUUAAUUUAACGAGCCUCAACAGGGCUCACCAAGAUGAUAGAAAUAUUACCCAACAAUUAAAUCAUAUUAUGGGGACGGAUGGAUCUGUGAUAGGAAUGCAGUUGGGAAAUACAACGGUGUUUCUUGAUAAGCAUUUUGCUAUAUGAUUGAUAAUAUCCUAUAAGACGGUUUCUAGCCCGAAUCCACAAAACAUGUUUAAUAAAAUAUCCCCUAGUAAUCUUCAAGUAGUCGAGAGAGAUUGCUAUGUUUUACCAAAACAAUAAAAAGAAGCUUUUAUCCAAUAUAUACACCAGGUGAGCAAUGAAUUCACAAAACCUGAGCGUUAAUUUUAUUAAAUGAUGUUGCCAUCCUUUUU